CACAGCAUUCAGCUCCGCCCUACAGCAGCAAACAACCAAAUCGAGAUGUUGGCGUCUUCAGAGACGAAUCCAAAUGCCUAUUGGCUCAACAGUCGUGGUAUGUGGGCCGGAUACACAGCCUCAGUCAUCUUCUUGUUCAUUCUUGUCAACUGUAUUCCCGUAAUUAGUAUACCAGUCGUGUGGACACUCACGCAUGGAAUUCACAACAUAGGAAACUACAUAAUGUUCCAUUACUUAAAAGGUACUCCGUAUGCUACGAUGGAUCAAGGCGAGACGAGUUGGAUGACCAAUUGGGAGCAGAUAGACAAUGGAGAGCAGUUCACACCAACACGGAAUUUUCUAACAGCUUUCUCAAUAUUACUAUUUAUUUUGGCCGGUUUCUUUACCAUCCAAGACACCACACUGACAGCUAUUAAUAUCGCUAUUAUGCUGGUCGGAGUCGUCCCUAAACUUCCACUAUUCCAUGGAUUCAGACUAAGUCAACUUUUAUCACAAAGCAGCGACAAAGAACAAUAAUAAUAAUAAUAAUAAUAAAACAUUUAAAAAUUAUGCGUGUGUGCGAGUGUGUGUGCAAUGUACAAGUCUUGUAUAUACAUGCAUACAUAGACUUAUGUUGUAAUAAUAUUAAUAAUAAUAAUAAUAAUAAUAAUAAUAAUAAUAAUGUGAUUCUUUAAUGCAAGGACACUGACUGAAUCAC